CGAGUAGUUAGUACUAGUAGUGUAUUUAAGCUGACUCCACUUCUAUAGCCCUAAACAUAUAUUUACUAGCAUGACUUUAAUUUUUCCUUUGAUUUUUUUUGUCUUUUUGGCUGAGCUUUUGACUUUUGAGAAAGGCAUCCCUAGAUUUUGGUAUCUGAUUCAUUAAUUCAUUCAUUUUGGAAGUGAAAAAAUCUCAAAACAUUUUUCCAAUUGGUUCCGUUCCAUAUCUCCUCCUCUUGGUCCUCGGCGGUGGGUGGUUUUCAGUUGCUGUUGAAAGGAAGGAGAAGGGGGAGGAAGGACGGAGCAGAUGCUGCCGAGAUUGAUCCAGCCAAGGGAAGGCGUAAUAAUCCAGGAAGAGCAUAUCAAUAACAGUAGCAGCAAUAGGACUACUGCUGGAGUAGGGAUUGGGGCAAUUGGGGUUGGGGUAGGAGACCCCUGUCUCGUCUUAACUUCCGAUCCCAAGCCUCGCCUUCGAUGGACAGCUGACCUUCACGAUCGCUUUGUUGAUGCCGUUGCUCAACUUGGCGGCCCAACCAAAGCUACUCCAAAGGCUAUAAUGAGGACAAUGGGUGUAAAGGGACUCACUCUUUUCCAUUUGAAAAGUCACCUCCAGAAAUACAGACUAGGUAAGCAAUCUGGGAAAGAUUUGGUUGAGGCUUCGAAAGAUGGACUUGCUGCUGCUUAUCUUUUAGAGAGUCCUCAUGCGAAUAAGUCUCCGCAAAGCUUGCCAGACUCUGACAUGAACGAGGGUUAUGAGGUGAAGGAGGCAUUGAGGGUUCAGAUGGAAGUCCAAAGUAAACUGCACUUGCAAGUUGAAGCAGAAAAGCACCUGCUUAUUCGCCAGGAUGCUGAGCAGAGGUAUAUGGCCAUGUUGGAGAGGGCUUGCAAAAUGCUAGCAGAACAAAUUGUUGGAUGUACAAUUAGAGGCCCUGACAGAGAGGAUUAUCAAGGAUUGGGAACAAAGACACAGAUUGGUGCAUCACAUAAUGCUUAUGGACUGCAACCCUCAGAAUCUGCUGAGGUUAGAAGAAUCCAUAGUCCUGAAGAAGUGAUUCGACAGAUCAAGCAGUGUGCUGAUUGCUCCACUGAAAGCUGCUUAACUUCACGUGAUAACCCUGCAGGAUUAUGUCCAGGAGGGUCGCCAUCACCUGGAGGAAAGAAACGCUUUUUAAGCAUGGAUUCAGCAUCUGCUUCCUUUAUAUAUGGGUGAUCCAAACUUGAGAAGAUCCAAUGUGUGUUAUAGUUUAGUUCUCAAGGAAUCACUGGAGUUGGUGUAUCAUGACACAACGUAGUUUAUGGUCUUUCGGUGGCUGUGAUCAUAGUUAGAUAUGUUUAGAUAUUCUUUCAUCAAAAUAUAACACACUAAUGUGGGGUCUUUUCUGCAAUAUGUGGAUGAAACAGGAACAGGCCUGAUUUCUGAGGGUGACUUCUGACUCUGUUCAUGCUGUAAAUUAGUGCUAGUGCAGUUCUAAUAUUGCAAGUCAGGAACCUAAAUUUUAUGUUUUCUUUAAUUUCCAACGAUACUUUUCUAUCCUUUUUUGUAUAAAUACCAUUCUCGAUUUGUUGCUUUAA